AUGAGUAGGCAAUUCAGUUCUAGGUCUGGGAGUGGGAUCAGGUCUUCCAGUGGCUACACUUCUUCGACCUUUGUCACUCCUGGUGGGACAAAAGGCAGCUUCAGUUCAGUUUCUUUAGCCCGAAGUGGGAGAGGAAGUGUAGGGGUAGGUGGUGGCUUUGGUAGCAGAAGCCUCUACAACUUAGGGGGUACCAAGAGCAUCUCCAUUGGUAUUGGUGGUGGUGGUGGUGGAGGCUUCUGGAGUGUUGGAUAUGGUAGUGGUGGUGGGAUUGGUGGAGGAGGUGGACUUGGUGGAGAUGGAUUUGGAGCUGGGGGAUUUGGAGCUGGGGGAUAUGGUGGUGCAUUAGGGAUGGGAAGCUGCUUUGCUGGUGGAAGAAUGGGCCCCAUGGUUCCUCCUGGGGGCAUCCAGCAAGUGACUGUCAACUCCAACCUCCUGUCACCACUGAAUCUAGAGAUUGACCCAGAGAUCCAAAAGGUACGUGUGCAAGAAAGGGAGCAGAUCAAGAGCCUCAACAACAAAUUUGCUUCAUUCAUUGACAAGGUACGGUUUCUGGAACAGCAGAAUAAGGUUCUGGAGACAAAGUGGAACCUCUUGCAGCAACAUGGCAGCACAGCCACAAAGGUCCACCUUGAAUCCAUUUUUGAGGCAUACAUCAAUAGCCUCAGGAGGCGACUGGCUAUCCUGACAGAUGACCGGGGGAGGCUAGACGGAGAGCUGAGAAAUGUACAGGAUCUUGUUGAAGAUUCUAGAAAGAAUUAUGAAGAUGAAAUCAACAAGCGCACAGCUGCCGAAAAUGAUUUUGUUGCUAUAAAGAAGGAUGUAGACGGUUCCUUCAUGAACAAAGUGGAGCUUCAAGCAAAGGGAGACGGCCUGAGAGAUGAGCUAAACUUCCUGAGGGCCCUCUUUGAGAUGGAAAUGGCUCAAAUCCAAGAACAGAUUAGUGAGACCAAUGUCGUCCUACAAAUGGACAACAGUAGAGAUCUGGAUCUCAACAGCAUCAUUGCUGAAGUGAAAGCACAAUAUGAAGACAUAGCCAACAGGAGCCGAUCUGAGGCAGAAGCAUGGUACCAAAGCAGGUUCCAGGAACUUCAGAACACAGCCUCUACUCAUGGUGAUGACCUGAAAAACAUAAAAAAUGAGAUGGCAGAGCUGAAUCGAAUGCUUCAGAGACUGAAAGCAGAAAUUGAUAGUGUAAAGAAACAGAUUGCCAGGCUCCAAGCAGCUAUAGCUGAUGCUGAACAACGAGGGGAGCAGGCCCUGAAAGAUGCCAGGGUGAAACUCAAUGAACUGCAACAUGCCCUACAAACUUGCAAAGAUGACCUGGCCCGACUUCUGCGGGAUUAUCAGGAGCUGAUGAACGUCAAAAUGGCCCUGGAUGUUGAGAUUGCUAUGUACAGGACUCUGCUGGAAGGAGAGGAAUGCAGGAUGUCUGGAGAACAUGCUGCCCCUGUGAGCAUAUCGGUGCUCAGCAGCUCUUCUACCAUGGGCGGAAGUGGUGGUGGAGGUCGAAUGAGCAGUGGAGGUUUCAGCCUAGGUGGAGGCGGUGGAGGCAGCAGCCUUAGUCUUGGAAUGGGUGGUGGAAUGGGUGGUGGUGGUGGAGGAGGUGGUGGUGGUGGUUUUGGUGUCGGCAGUGGGAUCACUGCUGGAGGGAGCAGCUUUAGUGCUGGAAGUGCACGAGGCUAUGGAGAGGGACUGAGUGCUGGAGGAGGAGGUAGCUCAAGUGUAAAGUAUGUCUCAUCAACCUCAUCAUCAAGCAGGAAAGUAGUCAGAUAA